GAGAAAUAAAAUAUACACAUAAUACAACCGAGCAUACACCGAGUUCGAUUGAGCAGCGAAAUCAGCCUUAAAGUCUCUUUUCGUUUCGAACAAAAUCAAAUAGAUAUCUGUGCGCUAAGUCAGUUGUGUGAAGUCAACACACUGGAACGAACGUGUAAUUACGCAGCUCCAUUUAUUUUGUGACAAUUUUUUUUUCUUAUAACAAGAAAGCUUUUUACUUCGUCGAAUUCAGUGUGUACGCAACAGAGCAAAUUCAAUCGAAUUUUUUUUUAAACAGAUUCAAAUUGAUCGAGUAAAAAUAAAUUACUAAUAAAGUUUUAACAAAUUUAAGGGAUUUCAUGUCAACAUUUGGUUCCAAUUUUUUUUUUAAUAAACUUUAAUCAAUAAAUUAAAUAACGCUUUCGGUCAAAAAUCUCGCUAAAACAAAAAUUUGUGAUAAAACCCAUAAAAACUAAACUAAUCAAAAUUAAAUAUAUAAUUUUGUACAAGAACAAUUUAAAAAAAAAAUACGAAAAAACAUAUUUCUUCGCUUUUUCGUAUCUUUAAACAAAAAAAAAAGAUAGUGAGUGAAUAUUUGUGAAGUAUGAACUAAAAUUUAACGAGAAAAAAAUAUUUUUUUUGAGGACACAUCAAAAGCCGAUCUCGUAUUUUAAAUCUCGCAAGAAGUCGAUGGACUCUCGAGACAAGCAGAAAGAAAAAUUAUUAAAAAGUUCAAGUUUACCAGAUGAACCAUUGGCAAACGUUGAUGAAUUCGAAUCAAAGACAGCUCCGCAGAGAAUUUUACAGUGUGAUGAAAAAUUCAAUAAAGCAUUUAAAUAAUAAUUCCAACGUCAAAGACACGAAUUUUACGUUAAAAAUAAAUCAGUGCAGAAAAUCGAUCGAGAACCAAAGAAAAUAAAUAAAUUGAAUUGAUUUAGUUUUAAACAUCAAAUUAUAACUCAAAAAUUAAACUGGCCAAUUGAAAUAUUUUUUUCACGGAACCGUGAUCAUUUGAAAACACACAAAAAAAACACUUUUUACGACACAAAAGCUGUGAUAUCAAUGGCUAAAUGUAAUAUAAUUUAAACUAUGUAUUCAGUAAUAACGUAAAAAGGUCAAACAAAAUUCGUACUAAUUUCCAAUUAACAUAACAAAAUUGAUGCAUAUUCAAUAAUUAAUACGAUCGUUGUUAAUUCGCCUGUUGUGAAAAAAAGCAAUUUCAAAUAGAUUUUCAAAGAAAAACCGACGUGCGUAUCGCAUACCCGAAAAUAUUUGAUAAAAAAAAAUCAAAUUUUUUUCCCUUCAAAAUUCGAAUAAACUGAGGACAAAAUGAGUGACUCCAAAACGCUUCGUCCAACAGUGAAUCGUGUUGUACGCGAACUAGUGAAGCCAUUUGGCAUUUACAAGCCGAAACUGGAAGUUUCAUUUGCAUCAAAGAACGGUGACAGCUAUUCGGGCGAAGUAUAUCGUAUCAUUUUAAGACCCGAUGAACAGGAGCUCGAAGAUCAUGCCAAUAAUAAUGUUGAAAGCAUGAUCAAUAUUCCGCAUGAAAUUCGUCUAAUUGCAAAAAUUCCACCAAGAAGUGAAAAACGACGCCUCAAGUACAAUAGUGCACGUGCAUUUGCGCGCGAACACUAUAUCUAUGAAUAUUUGUUUCCGGUAUUUGAGAAAUUUCAACGGCUUCAUUUAAAGGAACAGUACAUUUUCAAGCAUUAUCCCAGAUGUAUAGCCGCCAGUUCUGUAUACGAGGACGAAUAUGUAUUAUUGAACGAUUUAAGUUUGCAAGGUUUUAAAAAUUCCGAUCGUCCCACGGCGUUACACUUUGAGAAAUGUGUUGCCGUACUAAAAACCAUUGCCAAAUUUCAUGCCAUUUCAUUUGCAAUGAAAGAUCAACAACCCGAACGAUUGGCCAAAUUGACAUCAAAAUUGUCGGAAAUCACGUUCACCAAACCAAUUAACGAAGAGUUGGACAUUUUCUUGAAGAGAAAUGUUGGAUAUUCAAUGACCACAUUGGACCCGGAAAAGGACAAAGUCAUCAUUAAAAAAUUAAUGAAAUUCCGUGAAAAUUAUGCCAGCUUCAUGGCCGAAUGCUGUGCCGAAAAAGAGGAUGCCAUCGUAUUGCACGGAGAUUGUUGGAUAUCGAAUAUAAUGUUUCGCCGAAAUCAUAGCACAUCUGAUAAAUAUGACAUAACAUUUUUGGAUUGGCAAGGAGUUCGUUGCGGCACAGUGGCUAUUGAUUUGUCAUAUUUCAUAUUCUGUUGCACCGAUGCCGAAGUGAGAAAACGUUUGCCCGAUUUGAUGCGCAUCUAUCACGAUCAAUUAAUUCAACGGAUUGAUGAGUUUGGUAGCAAUGGUCAAGCUCUGUUUCCAUACGAAAAACUCGAAUGGCAUAUGAAGAAAUACGCUAAAUUUGGAUUAGGUAUGGCACUGAUAUCGUUACAUGCAACAUGUUGCAAGUCAAGUGACUUGGUCGACGUACAAAUUGGACUUGAUGAAAUGGAUUCAAAUAACGUCGAUAAAUAUACAUUGCCAUUGUUGGCCAAUCCAGCAUACAAAAAGCGAAUGGCCGAUGUUUUGCGUGAUUUUCAACGGCUGGACUAUUUUUAAUUGCAUUUGAUUGAAGAAAAGAAAACCUUUUGAAGAUGUGACAACACACAGAAAACGAAUUUAAAAUGUAACAUGUAUAUAGGAAGCGUUGACGAAGCGAAACAAAACAAGAGAGAGAAAAAAAUGAUGACCGUCCGCAACCAAAAAAUGAAACAUGCAAGCUAACAUAAACAUAUGUGACAAAGAAAAAAAAAA